CCAUCAUCUCCAUCAUCAUCACCAUCACAAUCAUCACCAUCAUCUUUAUCAUCACCAUCAUCAAUUCCAUCACUGUCAUCUCCAUUACCACCAUCAUCCUCUCCAUCGUCAACAUCAUUUUUGUGGUCUGACCCUUGCGUACCACUUACCAUGAGACCUGGACAUGUACUAAUUCAUCUAAUCCCUGUGACAAGAGGACCAUUAGCCCCAGUUCACAAACAGGGAAACCAGGGAACAGAGAGAUGGAAGCCACAUGGCCAGGAGGCAACGACCUUUCGUGAGCCCUGACAGUCUGGCUCCAAACCAGCCCCUUCGUGAGCCCGCCUCCUGGGACACAGGCGGCUCAGGGGACACGUGAGGCAGCCGCUGGCCUUCCCGUCCCUUCACUCGCGCUGAGCUCUGGGCGUGAAACGCACCUGCCUGUGACAUGCGUGAAGCUCCCCAAACCCCAUCUGGGAGGAAGUGGGGAGGCCUGAGGAUAUGAAACAGGAAGCUCUGGCUAUUCAUCCGCAACCAAAGCGGUCCAGACGAGCCCGGGGCAACAUUUGGUUUGCUUUUCUGAGGGAGAACCGUGCAGGCUCGAGGCCUGGGAGAUGGGGCUGCUGUGUUCCCACUUCACGUGCUGAAGGAGGCCUCGGCGGGGGCCGCAGGGGGCGCAGACAGGCGGAGGGUCUGGCUCAGAAGGAAAGGCGGCUGGAAACGCCACGAGGGGCUGUGGGUCCCAGAGGGGGCUGUAAACCUGUCAGCCGUGGUGAGGGACGCGGGGACUGACGGCUCAUUAAGGACAUCUGUCGAAAGCCAGAAGACUCCAUCGGCGCUGAGCCGAAGACGUCUCGGUGGGGAGCGAAUUGAAUGUGCUUUUUCUAGGGAGGAAAUGGGUUUUCUCACAAACCGCUUGUCACCAGAAGCUGGCUGGUAGGAGGGGUCAGGGGCGAUGAAUCCCAGCUUGCCUUGCUCCUGAAGACAGGAAAGGAGGGCCUGGGGUGGCGCCAAGGGUCCCCAGGUCUCCUCAGCCCCUUUCGUGGGGGACACCUGGCUGCACGUGCCCCCACGAAGCCCAGAGCCUGGCCGGAGCUGCUCACACAGGCCCAGCAGCAGGUGUGGGCAGAGCCCGUGGCCACCAACAGCCACCUGAGCGCCCUGGGCUCCUCCCCCUGCUCCACGGAAAUCUAAGACGAUCGUGGCAAGAACAUCCUGAAAUGCACAAAAAAGCUGACAUCACUGGUCACAAAGGAAAUGCGGCUGCCCAGGCCCUGGCGCCCCCAGCCCCUGGUGCCCUGUGACCCUGGGACCCCUGUGCCGUCAGCCCCCCGUGCCCUGUGACCCCGGGACCCCUGUGCCCUCAGCCCCCCGUGCCCUGUGACCCCGGGACCCCUGUGCCCUCAGCCCCUGUGCCCUGUGACCCCGGGACCCCUGUGCCCUCAGCCCCCCGUGCCCUGUGACCCCGGGACCCCUGUGCCCUCAGCCCCCCAUGCCCUGUGACCACAGGACCCUCUACCCCCGGGCUCCUCGCACCCCUUCUGAGGGUGUGGUGCAGUGGGGAAGCCCCAACUGGGGCUCAGGUCCUGCUCUGUCACAUGCCUGCCCUCAUGUCCCCCCGUGCCCCCCGCCUUGCUGUGGCUCCAUUGACCCCCACAGCUCCCAGUGUGCUGGACGCCGGGACCCCAGGCCCGAGUCCCACAGUUCCACUUCCCAAUUGUGUCUGGACAUCAGCGUCGUGUCCAAGGCCAAGACGGGUGGACACGCGGUGCUCCCGUGGACCUCCAACCUGGGGGUCCCUGCCAUGGGGGGCAGGCGCUAUGGACACCCACCCAGGGUGGGCUCUGGUCCGACGGCUGAAGACAGGGCGCCCCCAGCCCCUGUGCCCGCCUGCCUGCCCCUGCCCGCUGUGGCCCGGCCUGUCCCCUCCAAGGGCUGUCGGAAGCACGCCUCGGGGAGGGGCCCUCCGAGGGCCCUGCACCGCGCGGCAAGCGGCUCUCUGGGCUCCGGCCCCCGAAGUGCAGGUCACGCGCGUGCAGUGUCCACUUCAAGGAAGGACUGGUUAAAGGGGCAGGGAAAGGUAGAGGAGGUUUCGUUAGCGUCCACAGAACAAACGCUGUCGAGGCUGCACGUCCUGCUCGCUGCUCUGGCCUCGGGGCUCUCCGCCAACCCCCCAGCUGUGACCCUCGGGGGUCUCUGUCCGUCCUGCAGAGUGGGGCCACCAGGAGCUAAGGGCAGCUAAGGAUGUGGGGACCCGGCCCCCAUCAGCCCCCGCACACCGCAGUCGCCGUCCAGGGCUCCCCAACCCACGUCCCUGAGGGCCUCGGCGACAUGGCGCAGGCAGCCCCCGCCGCGGGGAAGCAGGUCCUCAGGCGUUUCUCCCAGAAAACCACGCCAGGCUCCAGGGAGGGCGUGUGGCGCCACAGCCACCCCUCAAAGCGGGGACCCCAGAGACCCUCCCAAGGAGCCCACGCCACUGAAGAGACUUCCACACUUGCACCGGGAGCUGGCUGAACAGAAUGUUCCAGAAGCUGCUGAAGAUCCUGUCGUGGGGCGCUGUCCGGUGCACCCCACUCGCGACGGCCACACCUGUCUCCAGACGCUGCCGCUGCCCAAGGGCUGAGACCCACUGGCCAGGUCCCGGGUGUGCGGCUCAAACGGAGAGUCCCCUCUCCCGGCUCUCAGGCCAGGCGUCCCCACUGGGGUCUCGGGCCGCUCCCCUGGCCUUCCGCCCUGUCCGUCCGUCUCUGCCGUUGGACUCAGGCCCAGCCUAACGCGGGUGACCCCAUCUUAGGUGGACAUCAUGGUGACGAGCCUUCUGAGGGGCUGGGGCGGGACCUCCACAUCUCAGGGCCGACGGUCCGGGAUCCAGCCUCGACUUUGCCUCAAGUUCACCUGUUCGGGGCUCAAAGCCGCCCCCAGCUCCCAGGCCCCUCCUGUCGGCCUCCACCGAGGGCACUGGGGAGCUGGGUGGGCCUGGGGGGCUUGGGAGGGACAGGAAGGGGGUCGGGCCACCCAGUCUCCUGGCCGACCCAGCGAUGGGGCCCUCCUGCCGCCCUGCCCCUCCCCAUGCACCUCCAUGGCAGGAGGACGGGGACCCCAGCUAACACGGCCAGCUGGGCGGAGGGGCGAGGGGACACGGCAGGGAGCAGUUGGGCGCCGCCUCCCGGGGCCAAAACACAGGAAGGAGCAAAAGGCACAGCCCUGAGCUCCAGGGGCCGCAGGUCAGGGCGGGGUGGAAGGAAAACCAACAGCCCAAAAAGGAAACGCGGGGGUAACCCAGAGGGUUGCCGAGAUCCAGCCCCGGGCCGUGUGCUCACCGGCUGCUUCCUGGUAUCUGUCAUCUGUGACCGCUGGCUCACGUGCGUCUGCUCACAAGAAAACUCGGUGUUUCUGUUCGUUUUGGGGAGCUCUUUGUUAUGAUAAAAAUCUUGUCAUUCUGAUAUUUUUAUAUUAAACAUUUUUAUAA